GGCGCACCGCUUCGCUAUUGGUCCGUACCCCAGGACUGUGCCUUGCCCUAGCCAAUAAACGACCUGUGCACGUGCACGCUUGCGUAUCCCGAUUGGCCAACACUCCCUGAUCACGCACUGCCUUCCUGCGCCAACCCACGCGUGGGAGCGCCAAUGAAAUGACUCAGUGGCCAUUUACAACUAAUCGGCGAGAAGCAGAGCUCACAGCUGGCCAAUGGGCGCCCGCCGUGGGUGGACUGUCCCAGCCCCUUUCCAGUCCCAGCUGGGUUUGUUAAAGCGACAGGCCCUAAGGCGUGCUGGUGCUCCACCUGGUACCUCACAGCGGCCGCGACAGCCCUCAGGGUGCAGCCAGCGCCCGUGACAGCGGCGCUGCGGGGUUCGCGACCCCGGGUCCGGUCCUCUGCCGUCCUCUGUGGUGGGGCCACAUCUCCUGGCGGGAUGGGCGGCGAAGCGGGAUCGGCGGGGGCCGUGGGCUCCGAGGGCCGCGUGAAGAGCCUGGGUCUGGUAUUCGAGGAUGAGCGCAAGGGCUGUUACUCGAGUGGCGAGACAGUAGCCGGGCACGUGCUGCUGGAGGCGGCCGAGCCAGUGGCCCUGCGCACGCUGCGCUUGGAGGCCCAGGGCCGCGCCACCGCCGCCUGGGGCCCCAGCCCCCGCACCAGCGCCGCGACCCCGGCCGCAGCCUCGGAGGUGGAGUACCUGAACGUGCGCCUGAGCCUGCAGGAAGCCCCGGCCGGUGAAGGCAUCAUUUUAUUACAGCCUGGAAAACACGAAUUUCCAUUUCGCUUUCAGCUUCCAUCUGAACCUUUGGUCUCCUCAUUUACUGGCAAAUAUGGAAGUAUCCAGUAUUGUGUGAGGGCGGUUCUGGAGCGGCCCAAGGUCCCUGAUCAGAGUGUGAAGCGGGAGCUACAGGUUGUGAGUCACGUUGAUGUCAACACACCGGCAUUAUUAACCCCUGUAUUGAAAACUCAAGAGAAAAUGGUUGGCUGUUGGUUUUUCACUUCUGGUCCAGUCUCGCUCAGUGCCAAAAUUGAAAGAAAGGGAUACUGUAAUGGAGAAGCUAUUCCAAUCUAUGCAGAAAUAGAGAAUUGUUCCUCUCGUCUGAUUGUUCCCAAAGCUGCUAUUUUCCAAACCCAGACAUUUUUGGCUAGUGGAAAAACAAAGACUGUCCGUCACAUGGUUGCCAAUGUGCGAGGAAACCACAUUGCUUCUGGGAGCACUGAAACAUGGAAUGGGAAAACUCUAAAAAUUCCCCCUGUUACUCCGUCCAUCCUGGAUUGCUGCAUUAUCAGAGUGGACUAUUCCUUAGCUGUAUACAUUCACAUUCCUGGUGCUAAAAAAUUGAUGAUCGAACUGCCAUUAGUGAUCGGUACAAUUCCAUAUAACGGUUUUGGCAGCAGAAACUCCAGUGUGGCCAGCCAGUUCAGUAUGGAUAUGAGCUGGCUAACACUUACCUUGCCAGAACAGCCUGAAGCACCACCAAAUUAUGCAGAUGUGGUAACAGAGGAAGAGUUCUCCAGACACAUUCCUCCUUAUCCUCAGCCCCCUACUUGUGAGGAAGAAACAUGCUGUCCCAUGUUCGCCUGCAUACAAGAAUUCCGGUUCCAACCUCCACCUCUGUAUUCAGAGGUUGAUCCACAUCCUAGUGAUAUAGAAGAGAUCCAGCCUGUUUCCUUCAUUCUCUGAACAUAUUUCAGAAAUCACUGUGUUCAUCAUCAAAUCAGAAUGUUAAAAUUUUCUUCUGCCUUUUGGGGAAAGAGGGAGGGAAGAUUCACUUAACAACAUGAAUGAACAUCAAGACUGAAGGCCAUAGAAAUUAAAGCAUACAAGAACUUUCUAGUGGGCCAACAGAAUCUUUGCACAAGUUUAUGUGAUGGUUGUAUAUCCCUUUUAAAAAAUGGGAUGAAGAUGUAAAAAGUUACAGAAUGUAAUGGAAGUCCUGAUGGUGAUAGAGUAAGUGUGAAAGGGUGCCUGUGCUGACCCGAGAGAAAGAGAACACAGAGAGCUCUCAUAAUGUCCUGAAAGUGUCCUAAACUUAAGGCACUAUGGACUUAGAGGGAGCAGACUUGGUUUGGAGAGUGUAGCAGCACAGAGGUGUGCGUGAAUAGGAAAGUGGCCUCCUCUGAACGAAAACCUGCAGGUUUCAGGGUCUUCAUGAUUUCUUUCAGUAUUACCAUAUUCAGACCAGAAUCUUUGAAAGUAUCUUUUCUUGAGAUCAUGGUCAUGUAAGAUCCUAAUGAAGUCAUACGGUUUUCACCUCUUUUAUGGUAGGUUAAAAUUUAGUUUAUAAAUUGGCUAUACGGUAUUAUGAAACUAAGAAAUGACUUCUCGAAAAACUUGUCAUUUCAAAGGGGAAAGAUAAAUUUUACUAUGAAAACACAUUUUAUUGAAGGCUGUACUUUUUAUCCCUAUUAAGUACUUCAACAGAUAAAUGUUUUACUUUUCUCAUAUCUUACUUACCUCAGCACAUUAGAGAAAGAAGGGGGAUAAAAAGGUUGCAUCUUCAUGAUCCCUUGAUAACUACACAGUCCCCCCCCCAAAAAAACAAAAAAGCCUUUCUUAAAUCUACCUCUAGUAGGGUUAUCAGACAUAUUUUUAAUACUCUAGGUCAGAUUAGUCUUUGGAGUUUCUGCUAUGUACAGUAGCAGUCUAAUCUCACCUGUCAUUAAAUCUGAAUUCUGGCCAAAGGAAAUAUCCAGAAGGUUGACACUAAGUGGAAGAAAAUUCAUGUAUAACAAGGGAAUUUGAAAAUAAAUGCAAAAUCAGAAGAGGUUAGGAACAAUGCCAUUUUUUAAAAAGAUAUAAAUUUAAUUCCUGUCAAGAGACUUUAGUCGCUGAUGGCAUUCAUUACAUUCUACAUCGUUGUUCCAAUUCUUCAGUAAUUCUGUUUAAACUGUGACUUUUUUUAUUGUUUUGGUGCAAUAUUUUAUUACAAUUAAGCUCAGGAUAUUCAGACCAACAGAAUUGUGUUGCUGCUAAAAAUCUGAGCAGUGUUUUUACUGUCCCGGUCACCCCUCAUAUUCAUGGUCACAUUUUCACCUCCUUUUCCUUCCAUCUGUUGGUUUGUGAGCUGAAAGCAUUUCUGGAUACUAAGCAGAAGGGAGCUAGAGAGUCCCAUCAUUGAAAUUUUAGACCAGCUAAGUACUUAGGUUUUCUCUAUAUUCUAAGGGUUUGAUCUAGAAACCCUGGUGCUUCCCUUAUGGAAUACUGUGCUUCAUUAAACAGAAAGAUUAAUUUAUCUUUGAAUCAAUCAGUAUUUUCACUUAGAAAAGUUAUUCUAAGGUUAAAUUUUGUAUUUAAAAAUUAGUGGUAAUUUGGUCAGGGAUUUUUCUACCAGCUUUAGGUAAACGUGUGCUUUCCACCCUUCUGGGCGUACCUCUGUCCUCUGCAAUCAUGGAAGCAUUAUUUAUGCUCUUCUUUCAUUGUAAGCUACUGUUUAAAAUCACAAUGCAAAGCUGUUAGCUAAAUUGUCACAUAACUUUAUUCCUUGGUUUUGUUUAGUGUUUUAUUUUGCUUCGUUUUUUGUGUGUCUUUAAAUAGGUAUGUGUAGUUAAAUGCUGUUUCAACAGUUUUAUUUUUAUGUUAGAAAAGAUCAUUUUCAACCAUUUGUUGACUUCUAAGUUGUAGUUUACAAGACUUGUCAAGACAUUGUUCCUCUCCAUGAUACCAAAACAAAAAGUGAAAGAAGCAAACUCAAACUGUAUGGAUGGAGAGAAAGUAUAAUUAUUUGACUUCAUUAGAAAGGCAGCUACUUAAUGGAAUUCUUCACUAGGAUUGGUUUAUCAGCUCUAUUAGAGAAAUCAUGAAGUGCCCCUGUGAAAUUGAAGCAGAGCUAACUUUGUAGUAGUUAAGAGAGUAGCUAAAAAAAGGUGUGAUUUGCCUUAUUGGAUCGAUAUUGGGAUGUCUGACCUUAAGCAGUAAAUUGAAACUGCAUACUUUUUUAUAAUCAAGAUAGCGUUUUAUGAAUGUAGAAAAUUCUACAUUGGAAAAGAGAAUACCUGAGAAUGAAGAUAAAAAUUUAGCUGCUGUUACUUGCUUGUUUAUCCCCUCUUGCUCUUGUUUAGUUUGCAAAAAUAAAACUGUGGCCUUAGAAUUUUUUUUUUUUUUGAUACAGAAAUUUUGAAACUGAAAAUGUGCAUUUUUUUUGGCACACAAAAUCAUUCCAUGAGCAAAACUUUACUUUUUGUAUUUUUGUUUUGCACAAUAAGAAACUCAAUAAAUAGGCAGGGGUUAUGUUUUGGGUAAGUUGACUACGAAAGCUUUUUUUAUUUUUGUUAUUAAAAAUGUAACCAUUAAACCCACAGGGGGGGAAAACAAACAAAGAUUGUAUUUUGUACUCUUCUUUGAACCCCAUGGGUUCCUUUUGUUAAUAAAAUGAUUACACUAAUGCUGAGUUGCUAGUUUUGU